UCUGUCAAGUAAUCAACAGAAAAUAGAAAAGAAAAUCGUCCUUCAAAGAUUCACCUUGUGAAAGAUUUUCUAUAAUGAUUUAUUAAUGUUAUUAUAUAGUGAGAAUCGCAAAUUUUAUCACAAAAUAAACAAAAAAUGUUCAAGAGAAGGCUGAUACGAUUUAUCACACAGAGCAAAGGUUCGUUGAGCGCCGCACACUACUCGAAUCAUUUCUGCAGAAAGCAUUGCAAGACCAAUAUUUACAGUGCGAAGUACAAUCUGUCUGGUUGGUACACAUCAACGCGAGUAACAUGGAAGGCGCCGUACAUACAGACUUGCAUCAUACACACGGCAUUGCCGCUGCAAGCCGUCGAGGAUGUCAAAGCGCCUACCUUCCCGGACUCCGUCACGAGUGGAGACGUCAAACUGGUGAAGAAGGAGGGAGACGCAGUGGCAAUGGAUGAAGUGGUGCUCGAGAUCGAGACGGACAAGACCGCGCUGCCGGUGAUGUCGCCUGGCAACGGCACUAUCGUCAAGAUGCUCGUCAAGGAUGGAGAGUCAGUCAAGUCUCAGCAGCCGUUGUUCCAGGUGGACGUGACUGGGGCAGCGCCGCCAAAAGCAGCAGCGGCGCCAGCGCCCGCGCCGGCUGCCGCGGCUCCCGCUGCGCCGAAACCCGCCGCGGCCCCCGCCCCGGCGCCUAAACCUGCCGCCGCAAAACCUGCCGCAGCCAAACCAGCCGCUAAAAAGGCUCCCGCUGGACCUACGGCUGCAGCAAUGAAGAUAGGCGAUCCGACAAAGACAAUAUCUGGCACGCGCACUGAACAUCCAGUGCCGAUGAACAAGAUGCGCAAGAUGAUCGCCAAGCGGCUAAAGGAGGCGCAGAACACGUGCGCCAUGCUGACCACCUUCAACGAGUGUGAUAUGGGCAAUUUGAUGGCGUUCCGCAAAGCGAACUUGGAAGCGUUCGUGAAGAAAUAUGGUGUGAAGCUGUCGUUCAUGUCUCCGUUCCUGAAGGCGACCGCCAACGCGCUGAUUGACCAGCCUGUCAUCAACGGAGUCAUCUUCAACGACGAGGAUAUUGUCUACAGGGAUUUCGUGGACAUAUCGGUAGCUGUGGCGACUCCUCGAGGUCUAGUGGUGCCGGUGGUUCGCAACGUGGAAUCAAUGGACUAUCCGCGCAUAGAGCUCGCCAUGGCCACGCUAGCCGAGAAGGCUCGGAGCGGAAAGCUGACUCCAUCGGACAUGCAGGGCGGCACGUUCACCAUCAGUAACGGAGGCGUGUUCGGCUCGUUGCUGUCGAUGCCUAUCAUCAAUCUGCCUCAGUCGGCCAUUCUCGGCAUGCAUGGCAUCUUCCCACGCCCUGUCGCUAUCAAGAACAAGGUUGAAAUACGGCCGAUGAUGUACUUGGCACUGACUUACGACCACAGACUGAUCGAUGGUCGUGAAGCGGUGAUGUUUUUGAGGAAGGUGAAGUCGGGCGUUGAAGACCCCACGUCGAUUCUAGCAGGCAUUUAAUUCGUUUCUAGGGGACAUUGCUGUAUACAACUCUGACUAUUCAUGGGUAGUAUUGUAUGGAGAAAUUACUACGUUCAUAUUUUUUACAAUAACAAUGUAUUUCAUGAAAUUAUAUUGUUAAAUCUUUUUGCCAUUUACCGACAAUCCCAAUGGUUUUAUUAGGUAUGUGAUUUAGAAAUGUAAUUGCCGAGAUUCAGAGUUCUGUAAUAUUGAACGUAUGUGCCCUUUUGAAAGACAUGUAGUUAGUCCAAUAUCUUGUUUUGUUUAUCCAGAUUCAAGACG